AGAUAAAAAGUCCAGCUUAGUGACUGAAUUUCAAAUAUUCUCUUGUCUUCAACGCUAAAUUGUCACCAGUUCAGAUUAACAAGGCUGUGUUUGUGUCUGUAAGCAAUAUCGACUCGUGUUCAACAUCAUCAAAUUAGAAAGAACAUCAUUUAAAUUUUAUACUCUUAAACUAAAAUUCCUCUAAUAUUUUACAAAAAAUAGACUGCGAUCAAAAUGCAUUUUUUUUACAAUUUAUGUAAUGGUUUUAAACAAAUUUUGUUAUUUGUAAUCUACUUUUAUAAAGCCGCAUGGUUUAUAACUUAUCGUAAAGAAGGAUAUAAGGCGUUCAUACGUUAUAAAGAGCUUCUAUCGGAAGAAGAAUACAAGUCACAAGAACAAAUCAUCCAGGGACAAUAUAACAAGAUAAUUUAUUUUUAUGAAGAUGGUGGAAUUAACAUUAGAAUUUUUAGUCUUUCUUCUUACAUUCAAAUCAACUGGUAUGUUCUAAAGUUGAUUUUUAUGGGAAAAGCAGUGUCCUUUAAACCAAAAGACAAAAAGCUGGUCAAAGUGAAAAUUCCCGAGCAGAAAACAUUUGACAGAUUUCGUAAUGAAUUUGCGGCAACUGUGUCUACCUCAUAUUGGACAACUGAUCAUCAUGAACCAGCUUUUGUCAAUGGUUACUGUGAGUUUAUUGUAGCAGUUGAUGAUAUUGGCCUUAGUAAAAUUAAAGCUGCAAAGGGAGAAUUCGAAUGGAAAAAUGGAUUUAUCGUCUUUGAAAAUUUUCAGUAAAAUCUUUUUAAGUAGUCGGAUGCUAAAAUAUCUAAAUUUUAAUUUUGAUGCUUAAAUUUUGAUUGAUGCCAGGACUUUUACGGCCUGUCUUCCUAAGGUGAAUAAUCCUCAUUUUAGGAUUAUCUAUUUCUUCGAUGCGCGGAAAAUCUAAAUAAUUUUUUGUAUGAUGUAAUUCUACAUUGGGCUAGUUUAAGAAAAAAAAACUUUUUGUUGUUUAGUGAAUGUAGCGAAAAAAUAAUUUUAGUAUAUUAAAUUAUCCUAAAAUAAUUCUGAAGAUUAAUCGAAUUUAAAAUCUUUGUGGGACAAAGUUUUAACAUUUUAGAUUAAUUAUGUAAUAAUCUUUUAAUCAUGAUAAUCUUUUUUUGUGAAAUCCAUCGUCAAAAAAUUUAUUUUCUUCUCUAAUUCACCGUGCAGUUUGACAAUGUAAAAAAAAAAUUAUGGACUAACCUCGGAUUGAAAAAGUGGAUAAUCCACCUUAGUGAAACAGGCCGUUAGUUCUUCACGUUAAUCUCAGGGGUUGCUUAACUUUAUUGCUACAGAAAAUAAAUCUCAAUUGUCAUAUUUUAUUCUGAUAUAAUAGAACUUGAUUAAGACAUUUUAAAUAUUAAGUACUCAUAAGUUUAACGAAAUUUUUCUUAAAAAAGUUCAAUCUCUUAAAAUUUCUAAAGCAUUAAUAAUUCUUGGUCUAUUAAAAAAAACAUAACGGGAAGGACUGGAACUUCCAGGAAAGGUAUUAUAUCCAUAACCAUAAACGUAAACAUAACCAUAAAUGUAAACAUAAACAUAAGUGUGUGUGUGUGAAGUUAGCGGGAACAAGUUCUCAGAUCGAGUUGAAACUUUUUCAGAAUUACGUCCAUUUUACGUCCAUUUACGUCCCAAAUUUAAAUAUUUUCGUCCUACUUAAACAUUUAAACACAAUUCCUUAUUGUUUUAAUUAUGUUAUUGUUAAGUAUUAAAUAUGACAGCACAGAAAAAUUCAAAAACGCUAUUAACAGGCCAACAAAAGCUGCAUGAGAUUACACAUCGGCUUGAUGUUAGUGUUUUUGAUUCUUUAAUGUCAUGUGCCAUUUAGGUUAGAUAAUUAUUUUUUUUGUGAAAAUCAUAAGUUCCAUAAAUUGAGAUUUUUAAGUUUUAUUUGUCAAGAAAUUCUCUUAAAUUUAAUUUUUUUUUUGUAUAAAAUUGAAGAACAGGUUUUACGAAUUUGAGUAGGAUUUUAAAUUUUGUCCCUUCCCUUUCUUUAACUUUUUUCGUAAGAAUACUAUUUUUAAAGGGAUUUCGACCCAUUGGACCCUUUUUUGGAUGUCAUUGAUCCAAAGAACUCCACAAAACCAAAAAGCCUAUUUAAGAAGCUUUAUCAAAACAACUUAUGCCAAAUUAUAAUUUUUUUUUAUAAAAUAUCAAAAAUUCUUUUCGUUAAAAAUCAAUUUACACAAAUGGACCCACAUUGCGGACAAGGAGGGGGGGAGAGGGGGGUUUGUGUGAGAAAAA